CACGUCGCGGCGGCCGUCUCCUCCCCGCGCGCCACCGCGCCAUGGCAGCUCUCCACCUACUCCUCCCGCCUCACAUCCUCUCCGGUCACGGCCCCCCUCCCCUCCUCCGCCUCCACAAGAAACCGAGCCCCCUCCUCCACCUGCUCCCGCGCGCGGCCGUCGCAGCCACAGGGGCAUCAGCCGCGGGGUCGGCACUUUCCGCGCCCUCCGACGCCGCGCUGCAGAACUUCCGCCGCUGGCUCUCCACCCACGGCGCGGACACGGGCGCGGCGGCUCCGGCGGCCGUGCCCGAGGGCCUGGGCCUCGUGGCGGCGCGGGGCCUGCCCCGCGGCGAGGUCGUCGCCGAGGUGCCCAAGAAGCUCUGGAUGGACGCCGACGCCGUCGCCGCCUCCGACAUCGGCCGCGUGUGCGGCGGCGCGGGCGACCUCCGCCCCUGGGUAUCCGUGUCCCUGCUCAUCCUCCGGGAGGCCGCGCGCGGAGCGGACUCGCUCUGGGCGCCCUACCUCGCCAUCCUCCCGCGCCACACCGACUCCACCAUCUUCUGGUCAGAAGAAGAGCUCUUGGAGAUACAAGGAACACAACUAUUGAGCACAACAAUGGGCGUGAAAGAGUAUGUGCAGAGCGAGUUCGAUAAUGUUGAAGCUCAGAUCAUAGCCCCGAAUAAGGAUCUUUUCCCUGGUACCAUAACAUGUGAUGACUUCCUUUGGGCAUUUGGAGUACUGAGAUCAAGAGUUUUUCCAGAGCUCCGUGGAGACAAGCUUGCUCUCAUACCGUUUGCUGAUCUGAUAAAUCACAGUGGCGAUAUUACCUCAAAAGAGCCCUGUUGGGAGAUCAAAGGAAAGGGUUUCCUGGGCAGGGAUGUCGUGUUCUCUUUGCGGACGCCACUGGAAGUUAAAUCUGGGGAACAGGUAUACGUUCAGUAUGACCUGGACAAGAGUAAUGCUGAAUUGGCACUUGACUAUGGGUUCACUGAAUGGAACUCGUCAAGGGACUCGUAUACUCUGACGCUGGAGAUCUCUGAAUCUGAUCCAUUCUAUGGAGACAAGCUUGACAUUGCAGAGUUAAACGGAAUGGGGGAGACUGCAUACUUCGAUAUUGUUCUUGGCGAAUCUCUUCCUCCUCAAAUGAUUCCAUACCUGCGAUUACUUUGUCUUGGGGGAACAGAUGCAUUUCUCCUGGAAGCUCUCUUCAGAAAUAAAGUUUGGGAGCACCUUGAACUUCCUGUGAGUCGUGAUAACGAGGAAUCAAUAUGCCAAGUUAUCCAAAAGGCCUGCAAAUCUGCCCUUGCUGCCUAUCACACCACAAUAGAAGAGGAUGAAGAACUACUCGAAAGAGAAGAUUUGCAAUCAAGACAUCUAAUCGCCAUUGAGGUGAGGAUUGGUGAAAAGAAAGUACUACAACAAAUCAAUGAUAUUUUUAAGGAGAGGGAGCAAGAAUUAGAUGACCUUGAGUACUACCAGGAAAGGAGGCUCAAGGAUCUUGGUUUUCUUGGUGACAAUGGUGAAAUUAUCUUCUGGGAGUCCUAGAGACAGUUUUUGUAACAUGCCAUUUUGAAAUACUAGACUAAUGAAAAAGAGAUGGAUUCACUCAUAAUCCAUCCGUUCCAAAUUAA